ACUCUGGACACCAGUGAGGUUCCGUGGUGUUGACACCUGACCUUGAGCUGCCACGCUUCACUGGAUAUACCAGGCACCACGAGGCACCACACGGCACCACACGGCACCACGGAUGGUCCUUCUUAUCUCACUCCCUUCUUAUAAGUGUGGAUUUAUUACAGAUAGUCCCAGGUUCAUCAGCAUGGACGAGUGAUAAACCUCCAGUAUGGUACAACAUGACAUAUCGAAAUUGGGUACAGGUGGGUUUCCCGCUCGGUACUUGGUGGCGUUGAUCUCGGGCAUAGCAGGUAUCUUUCUCGCGAUAGUGGUGUACCUCGUGUGGUUUUAUUGUCGUCAGAAACGGAGCCAUCUUAACUGGCACGGGUCUUCAGACGGUGAGAAUUCCCCGAAUACCAUCACCAACGAUCUCAAGAUCAGCCAAAGUACGCCCGACCUAGUUCACCAGUUAAUGGCUGAAAAUGGAGGCGUCAGCCACUCAAAACCUAUCAUUUUUAAACACACCCAACGUCAAUCUACUUUACCUACGGUCUCCGAGAGGCAUGUGUCAUUCCAGCGUCAACUUUCCCACAAAUUGGACUUGUCCAACAUUGAAUUUACUGUCCAAAGUGUAAAACACAAGGAACAGCCAAACCUCGGAUCCAUCAAGCCAGAGUUGUAUAAACAGGUCUCCAUCGACAGUAUUAAAAGUGAGCAUUUGCUCUGUGGCAAGCUCUUCUUCAGUCUAAAAUACGACCAUGACCUUGGUGAACUGAAGGUCCUUAUUCACAGAUCAGAAGAUUUACCUGCAAAAGAUUUUUCAGGAACAUCGGAUCCAUAUGUGAAAAUAUAUUUACUACCAGACAGGAAACACAAAUGUCAGACAAAAGUUCACCGUAAAACUCUGAACCCCGAGUUCCAUGAAUCUUUCGCAUUCUCAGUUCCAUAUAAGGAAAUAACAUCGAGAACGUUACAGUUUAAUAUUUAUGAUUUUGACCGAUUUUCUCGCCAUGAUCUGAUUGGUGCUGUAGUGGUGAAGGAUAUUUUAAGUGAGGGAAGUUUGCUGAAGGAAACCUUUUAUGUGCGAGAUAUACUUUCAGCCAAUCAGGAGAAGUUUGACUUCGGAGAGUUGAUGUUAUCACUCUGUUACCUGCCCACGGCUGGAAGACUGACGCUGACCGUGGUCAAGGCCCGUAACCUAAAAGCAAUGGACAUCACAGGUUCAUCAGAUCCGUACGUGAAGGUUUCCCUGAUGUGUCAGGGGAAGAGGAUAAAGAAGAGGAAGACCUCUGUGAAGAGAAACACACUGAACCCUGUCUACAACGAGGCUAUGGUGUUUGAUGUACCACAGGAAAAUGUCGACGAUGUGUACCUGGUCAUUAAAAUGAUCGACUACGAUAGGAUUGGAAGUAAUGAGGUGAUGGGAUGCUGUGCUCUGGGACCCAAAUAUAACGGUGUAGGACGGGACCACUGGUUUGAGAUGCUCGAGUCGCCACGUAAGCCCGUCGCCCAAUGGUACGCCCUCCAGGAGCAUGUGCCCUGCUGCAUCGACACUCCAAAUGGCAAGUGUAAGUUUGGCUGUCGGCACUCCCGUCAGUCCACUGUCGACUCCAGUGAAGGAAGUACGUACUGAAAGGUCAGGUCACCUGACAGGUUUUGAUUGGCUGUGCAGAGGUCACCUGACCUUUGGCAAGGAUUAGAGGAGCAGUUUUGAUUCGUUGUACACGAAGUUUGUUAUUAGCUAUCUUUGAUUGGCUAAUAUUACAGAGUGCGGAAACGUCAAGACCAGGAAGUUAAAACGGUGAGAGAUAUUGUCAGAUUAUCUGCGGCUAACAUCCAGCAGACUAAUACUGAUGAAGGAGGAUUGAACCAAUCAGUUCCAAUCUUACAUUGUGAGGUUAAUUGGAAGACUGCCGUGGCUCCCAAGAGGAUCUGGAGGAUCCAGACAUACAUGUUUACCUGUGUUGUGGAGUCAUCCUUUCUGUCUACAUGUAAUAGAAAUGAUCUAGAGAUCCCAGAAAACCAUUGUAACAUGCAUGAAGACCAAACAACACAUGUGUAGAUCGUUUUCUUACUGUAGAAUGUAUACAUAUAUGUACCACAAACUGGCUUUGUAUAAAAUUCACAGGGACUUGGCGCAAAUGUUCAACCCACAGUCUACAUAUAUAUAUUUGGACCCUGGGUAGGGAAUUUGCGCCAAGACCCUGUGAUAAUAUCAACACUAGAUCUUGUAAUACCACAACAAAAUAUGGUUAUAACAUUUCCUGAUGAAUGUGACCGGAAUUAAGAGAUGUGUUUUAUAAGGUUAGAUGUUUCGAAGACCAUGUACCUUUAAUUUGCAUGAAACACCUGAACAUGAUUUCUAUUUAAGGCAUAUGAUCUGCGAUAUUUCCUCACAAAAAAUUUCAUCUGUUUUAAUUGAUAUAACUAUUGAAUGUGUUAUGAAAAAGCAUAUGGCACUUUCUUUUACCUUGAAUAUUAC